ACAGCGUCUUGCAGAUCGCUCAGCUGUCAACAGUCCACUCGACUGCUUGCUCAGGGAGACAAGGUUAUCGGUCGCCGUUCAGAUCUUUGAAUAAAAAAAACAAAAAAAACAUAGUUAUUUCUCUACAAUUGUUCACCAAUGCGAUGAAAACGCCACGAAGACAUUGUGAUAUUUAGGUUUGAAAAAAAAAGAAAUAAAGAGACGAUGCCUGAAACGCCGCCGCUCCACCAGUGCGCCUCUAUUGCAGGCCAUCUGAAAACCAUAACAAUAGAGAUAUGAUGCCGGCCUUGAACGUCGUAUGCAGCGCCGUUAUUGUCCUGUUCGGAGCGGUUUGCAGCGUUUUCAUAUUCUGUGAGUAUCUGAUUUAUUACGCCGCGAUAUUACAGUGUGGUUGGCCAGGGAUCGACCAUGGUGCGCCGGCGGCUGAGAAGAGCGCAGACGGGCAACCAAAUGCGGAGGUUCUCCGCGCUAUGGUGCUUUCAGACACGCACCUCCUCGGCGCUGUCGGAGGGCACUGGUUCGACAAACUGCGAAGAGAAUGGCAGAUGGAACGGGCUUUCCAGACCGCGCUGGCACUGCUCCGACCCGAGGUCGUUUUUAUUCUGGGAGAUGUGUUCGACGAGGGGAAGUGGAGCUCUCCAAAGAACUGGGAGGAUGAUGUUUGUCGUUUUCAGAAGAUGUUCAGACAUCCCAGUGACACAGAGCUGGUAGUUCUGGUUGGAAACCACGACAUCGGCUUCCACUACGAAAUGGACUGGUUCAAGUUACAGCGCUUUGAGAAGGCCUUCAAUACCACCUCCACCAGAAUGGUCACCAAGAAAGGAGUGAACUUCCUAUUGGUUAACAGCGUGGCGUUGCAUGGUGACGGCUGUCCUAUCUGCCAAUCAGUGGAGAAACAGCUGUACACACUGUCCAGGAACCUCAACUGUUCAUUACUACAGAAUUCCCAGUCCAGCAUUAUUAAAGAAUUCUGUCGAGACGCAUGGACCUAUCCUCCUACACCACCCAUUAUCCUGCAGCAUUACCCUCUGUACCGGGUGAGUGAUGCGGGCUGUACGGGUCGGGAUGCUGCUCCUCCUAAAGAGCGCCACCUGCUGUUCAGAGAGAAGUACGACGUGCUGUCUCAGGAGGCCUCUCACAGGCUGUUGCAAUGGUUUAAGCCCCGCCUGGUUCUCAGUGGCCACACCCACAGCGGCUGUCAGGUUCUCCAUGACAACCGGUACACAGAGAUCAGUGUUCCGUCCUUCAACUGGAGGAACCGCAACAACCCCAGUUUCAUCCUGGGUUCUUUCUCUCCAAGCGGUUACGGCCUGUCGAAGUGUUUCCUUCCAGAGGAGAGUACGGUGAUAGCUCUGUACUGUUCUACCGGAGCCAGCCUCCUCCUCCUCCCUCUGGUCCACUGCCUGUGGAUAAGAGGUCUUCUCCGGUGCCUCAACUUCUGUCCCAUCAGCAAACACAAGUCUCUCUGAUCGUCUCAGGUAGAGGUUGUCCCUGACUGCUGAAUGAUACUGGGUCAGAUACUGGAUGCUGUCCUCCCUGUCAUGCAGAGAGAUGGCUAUGCUGUCAUCCCGGUCAUGCAGAGAGUUGGCUAUGCUGUCGUCCCGGUCAUGCAGAGAGGUGGCUAUGCUGUCGUCCCUGUCGUGCAGAGAGGUGGCUAUGCUGUCGUCCCUCUCAUGCAGAGAGGUGGCUAUGCUGUCCUCCCUCUCAUGCAGAGAGGUGGCUAUGCUGUCCUCCCUCUCAUGCAGAGAGGUGGCUAUGCUGUCCUCCCUCUCAUGCAGAGAGGUGGCUAUGCUGUCAUCCCGGUCAUGCAUAGAGGUGGCUAUGCUGUCAUCCCGGUCAUGCAGAGAGGUGGCUAUGCUGUCGUCCCUCUCAUGCAGAGAGGUGGCUAUGCUGUCGUCCCUCUCGUGCAGAGAGGUGGCUAUGCUGUCGUCCCUGUCGUGCAGAGAGGUGGCUAUGCUGUCGUCCCUGUCGUGCAGAGAGGUGGCUAUGCUGUCGUCCCUGUCGUGCAGAGAGGUGGCUAUGCUGUCGUCCCUGUCGUGCAGAGAGGUGGCUAUGCUGUCGUCCCUCUCGUGCAGAGAGGUGGCUAUGCUGUCGUCCCUCUCGUGCAGAGAGGUGGCUAUGCUGUCGUCCCUCUGAUGCAGAGAGAUGGCUAUGCUGUCAUCCCUGUCAUGCAGAGAGGUGGCUAUGCUGUCGUCCCUGUCAUGCAGAGGUGGCUAUGCUGUCGUCCCUGUCAUGCAGAGGUGGCUAUGCUGUCGUCCCUGUCAUGCAGAGGUGGCUAUGCUGUCGUCCCUCUCAUGCAGAGGUGGCUAUGCUGUCGUCCCUCUCAUGCAGAGAGGUGGCUAUGCUGUCGUCCCUGUCAUGCAGGAAGGUGGCUAUGCUGUCGUCCCUGUCAUGCAGAGAGGUGGCUAUGCUGUCCUCCCUCUCAUGCAGAGAGGUGGCUAUGCUGUCCUCCCUCUCAUGCAGAGGUGGCUAUGCUGUCCCUGUCAUGCAGAGAGGUGGCUAUGCUGUCGUCCCUGUCAUGCAGAGUGGUGACCAACGCUCCUGCCGGAGCGCUACUGGUACCUGCUUCACACUAUAGAACCGAACCGUACUCUGCUGGCUCAGAUAUUUUUAUUUUGUCCAAUUGUCCUUUCCAGUAUGGUUCCAGCAACUAUGAUUGUUGCAUUACCAGGCUCGUCCAGUACAGCUCUACUCGGGUUAGUAGUGUGAAAAGGGGAAAGAGUUCUCCAGGGGUAGUGUUGACCAACUCUGCCCUAAUAGUACCUUAACAUUAGUAUUGGGGAUACAGUGAUCUGAUUCUAGAUCUGUAGUUAAGGACAGCUUCUACCUGGAGAGCACCUGUGUGUUGGAAUCACGUUGGCUCUAUUCAUGCCAUUUCUAUCUGCAACAUUUGACUACUGAAUGUGGUGCAGGAAAUAUGGUGCCCCCCUCCCCCCCGCCCUGAGAAGUAUUGAAGUUCACAGUCUCCCAUCUCCGGCCUGUAUUCGUAAAACCAUCUCAGAGUAGUAGUGCUGAUCUAGGAUCAGGCGGCUAUUCCUGUCCAUGUCAUCUCAUUCAUUGUGAUCUCAAAAGGCUAAACUGAUCCUAGAUCAGCAGUCCUACUCUGGAAGAGGGUUUAUGGCUACAGGUUCUGAUCUCUGUACGGCCUGUAUAUAUACAGUACAGAAGUCUAAUACAAGAUAUGGAAGCGCAUGUCUUCAACCAACAUUUGAUGUAUAGCAUUGACACACACACACACACACCUACCCACCUUAUGGCCCUAAUGUGUUAAUGUGCUUCUUUUAAGACCGUUGUUUUACACCAGGUUUUUCCCCCUGUGUAAAUCCAAUGCUUCUACCUGGAGAGAAAUAUGGUGCCCCCCCCCCCCCCCCCCCCAGGUUUUCCCCCCCUGUGUAAAUCCAAUGUAAAUACGAAUACAUUUAAAAAAGCUGAUUAUUGUCAACAGAGUUCAGGUGAAUUUGUUGUGACUGUAGAUCAAUGCGGCAGAACCAUCUGGAAACAGUUUCUAUUACAGCGCGUUGAUAUCAGUUAACCAGGAACUAACUAGGCAUGAAACUGUCUCAACAGUUCUCAUCUGCAUCAUUACCACCGUAGUGACACGGUAACAUAUUAAAAACAUUUUAAAAAG